UAAACAGGUAAGAAUUGCUAGUAAUCUACUAGUAUAUAAAGCUUCAAACAGUAAACCGCCCACCUAAUCUCACUAAUCUUCCGACACUUCACUCAAAGAUCAACGCAAAAAGACUCCUUCCUAUCAACAUCACCUAAGGUUGAAUUGUCCGUCAAGCUUUCACGGCGUUAGGAAGGUCCUUGCCAUCUAACCUCACUUUCGUCUUAAACACUUAAUUCUGCUAAAAGCUUAAGAUUACUUAUUCUCCCUCCUCUUCCUUCUUCCUUCUUCCUUCUUCUGACAAACCCAAGUCGAGCAUCCCAAACGAGCGUCCACGAAGCCAAAGGUGGAACAGCACAGAGAACGCCGCAAGUUCGAGAUACAAAGUCUACAUAAUCACAAAUAUUACAGCUACAACAUACGUAUAACAACAAAAAUACGUAAAUAUAAGUAAAGGUGUGGCACGAUGGAGUCUAAUGCUGUUCUACCUGGCCCUUUGCAGAAUUCUAUAGUAGAUAAUACGUCAGAGCUUAGCUCUCAUCGUGAACCACGCGAUGCGACUCAGCCUGUCCCACAGCCUUCCCAAGGAACCACGAAUCGUUACGAAUUCAUUCACCUUGCAGAGCCUAGGCAAGAGGGACAGAGUAUUUAUUCCAGCUGUAAUAGCACUCGAGACUGGAUCGACAACGAUCAAGAAGAUGCGAGCUCUGCAGAUUCUUUAUGUCCUUCAGAGAUCGAUUGUGAGACUUCGGACGUCGAUGAGGACGUUAACUGGGACGACCUUAUGGAGGUGACCAAUGAAAUUGAAGAACUCGACAAUGUGCGCCUCUGUUCCCCUAGUGAGCAGAGGUUAGAGUCUCGUGAAGACAUCCGAGCAAGGACGCCAAUUUCCCGUUCUGAUAGAGAAGGAGCGCCAUUCCCCAACCGUGUGGUAGACCCAAUUACACGGAAGGCAGUCUUUAGACCCUCAACACCAUUCAAUGAAACCGCCCUCUGAUCUGACGAUUUUUGGAGUGAGAGUGCCGACAUUCCUAUCAAUAACCCCAAGGACACGGAGGGAAAAGAAAUAAUAAGAUGAUCACUGCCUUUGGAUUACAGGCACUGGGAGGAGG